UAUUCUUUGAUUCCGUUAACUAAGAUAGACCCGGUCGAAUCACCGCGGGGAUAGACCAAAACGGACCGCGUCACACAGCAUCGCAUGGCGGCUCCGGCUCGCACGCAUCGACUCAUCUUCUCCGACGCCUUCCACCGAGUCCGAAUCCCCCACCGUUGUCUUCCUCUUCUCCCCUCACCGCUCGGCGCCGGCAUCCAUCACCGCCGCCUCCGGCCCCAACUGGUCAUCCAGAGGAUGGCCUCUGGCGAGGCUCAAUCCACUCCAUCGUCGACCCGUAUCGCUUUGCCGAACGGCGAUUCUGUUGAGAUCCUCGCGGCCCCUGGUGUCUCCGAUUCCGAUCUCAGGAAUGCUGUCAAUUCUUUUGUCUUUAAGCAGUGGUUGAAGAACAUAAGUAGUGAAACAGGCCUUUUAGCAGGAGGAUUGUCUUUAAGACAAGUUUACAUUCAGGGAGUAGAUAUGUUUGGAAGAGGUGUUGGAUUUUUGAAGUUUAAAGCAAAUAUUGUUGAUAAAGAAACACAAACAAAGAUUCCUGGAAUUGUGUUUGCAAGGGGACCAGCUGUUGCUGUGUUGAUACUCCUUGAUUCGGGUGGAAAAACCUAUGUUGUUCUUACAGAGCAGCCUAGGGUUCCUGUUGGAAAACUCAUUCUAGAAAUCCCAGCUGGGAUGAUAGAUGACGAAGCUGGAGAUAUCAUUGGCACAGCAGUUCGUGAGGUUGAAGAGGAGAUAGGGAUAUCCUUGAAAAAAGAAAACAUGGUGAAUCUCACAGCAUUUCUUGAUCCAAACACUGGAUGUAAAGUUUUCCCGUCUCCGGGAGGGUGCGAUGAGGAACUGAGUCUGUUUCUCUAUAAAGGCACUGCAGAUGAGGAGACAAUAGCCGCUCUUCAGGGGAAGGAAAUGGGCCUUCGCGACCAUGGUGAGCUGAUCAAGGUACAUGUCGUUCCUUACGAUAAGCUAUGGCAGGUGACCGCCGAUAUGAAAGCCCUGGCCGCCAUUGCCCUCUACGAGAUGGCCAAGAGGAACGGCCUUUUACUUUGAAACCACAAAGCUCGUUGUCUCCACUCGAUCUACAUGUAAAGAUGUGUUCUGAUGUAUUUUUCUUAAGGAAUUAGUUUCACUUUAAACUUGUCAACUAGCAAGUGAGCUGCAAUUGGAUUUGGAAUUGUGUGAAUAAGGCUAAACCAGCAAAUGCAAUAAUAUAGCAAGUGUUCUCGAUGCUGGCA